GAGUCAUUGCUUCUCAUCAGCUGACUGGUACUAACACAGCUGGAAGAAUCUGCUUAGGAGAAAUGGAAAACCUACUGAAGCUGUGCCUCUUUCUUCUCUGCUUUGAAACAGGCUUCCCUGUACAGUGUGUGAAAUGUAAUUCUUACAAGAACGGAAAAUGUGCUGGAAGUCAGCAGACGUGCACUACAAGAGCUGGUGAAAUGUGUAUGAUACGCAGAACCUGGUAUGCAUCUGAAAUUAAUAAACUGCUACAUGCUGAGACUACGUGCAUGGGAUCCUGUAAAAUAGAAGAAAAAACGUCUGGAUAUCUAACAAUACAUACCUACUGCUGUGAUUUUACAGAUUUCUGCAAUGACAUCGGUUUUCCAAUCGUAAUGACUUAGCAUAAGCUAGUUUCAGUCGUUCUCAUCAGUCCUUUCCUUUUCAUUUGGUCUAAAUUUUCUUACAUUGACCUCUAUUUUUACUCUGGAUUAUAGAUUUUUCUGGUAAUCAGUAUUGUAUAAGUCACAGAACCCAGGGACAUUCUUUGCUCUUCUGAAUGUAUAUUUGAUCAUAUAGUCUAAUUCUUAUGCUUGGCAUCCCUAGCCUUAUUACCACGAGUAUAGCUGAAUCUUGAUUUCUAUUAAUGCAUUUAUCACCUCAGUGUGUAUGGCUAAGAUAAGUAAAUGAGUUAAAAGGUGUAAACUGUCAGGAAGACUAUGAACAUUCCAAGCAUCCUUUGUAUACUAUGUACUUUAUGAAGUUAGAAUUUUCUACAUUGUGACUUAUACUUCCAGGAUAUAAUUUAAAGGAGGUAAGAUUGUUUUGUAUUCUGUUUUGGCCCUUCACUGUCUUGUCCCAUGUCUAUAGGCCUGUGAUAAGGCUAAAUUUCAAGACAGCAAAAGGCCAUGGCACACCAAAACUGCUCACCUACUGGUAUCCUGAAAGUAGCAAGACAGAGUUAGGACCAGAGCAAGAUACGAAAAACACUCAGUGGCUUAUGCUCGUUAAGUAGGCUAAAAAGAAAGGUGUCUGAAUGAGCUUGUUUCCAUGAAUGUCAAAAUAACAGUGCUAUAAGGCCAUAGUCCAAGUUUCAUCAAAUUAAGAAAAUCUCCACCUACUGUUUCUGUUAUAUUGUUGCCAG